CGGGCAGGGCUCCGGGCGCCAGCCGGCUCCUGCAUCACAUUCAUCUGCUGCCAAGGGGAGCUGCCGGGCGCACCCGCCGCCGCUCCCCCUGCUGCGUCCUUGCCGCCGCCCGGAGUCAUGGCCACGCUCGGCCACCCGGCUGCCUUCGGCCGCGCCACCCAUGCCGUGGUGCGGGCGCUGCCCGAGUCCCUCUGCCAGCACGCACUGAGGAAAACCAAGGGCGACGAGGUGGAUUUCGCCCGCGCGGAGCGGCAGCACCAGCUCUACGUGGGCGUGCUGGGCAGUAAGCUGGGGCUGCAAGUGGUAAUGCUGCCGGCCGACGAGAGCCUCCCGGACUGCGUGUUCGUGGAAGACGUGGCCGUGGUGUGCGAGGAGACGGCCCUCAUCACCCGACCCGGGGCGCCGAGCCGGAGGAAGGAGGUUGACAUGAUAAAAGAAGCAUUAGAAAAACUUCAGCUCAAUAUAGUAGAGAUGAAAGAUGAAAAUGCAACCUUAGAUGGUGGAGACGUCUUAUUCACAGGCAGAGAAUUUUUUGUGGGCCUUUCCAAAAGGACAAAUCAACGAGGUGCUGAAAUCUUGGCUGAUACUUUUAAGGACUAUGCGGUCUCCACAGUCCCAGUGGCUGAUGUUUUGCAUUUGAAGAGUUUCUGCAGCAUGGCUGGGCCUAACCUUAUCGCAAUUGGAUCCAGUGAAUCUGCACAGAAGGCCCUCAAGAUCAUGCAACAGAUGAGCGACCACCGCUACGACAAACUCACUGUGCCUGAUGAGGUGGCUGCAAACUGUAUCUAUCUAAAUAUCCCUAGCAAAGGCCAUGUCUUGCUGCACCGAACCCCAGAAGAGUAUCCAGAAAGUGCAAAGGUUUAUGAAAAGCUGAAGGACCAUAUGCUGAUCCCCGUGAGCCUGUCUGAACUGGAAAAGGUGGACGGGCAGCUCACCUGCUGCUCGAUUUUAAUUAACAAGAAGGUAGACUCCUGAGUGGCAGUCUCUCCUGCAGCCGGCAAUACUGAACUCAAAAGGCCAACAACUGUCCCCUCUCCUGUCGUUUUCAUUGACGAUCUACUGUGCCACUGUGUGACUAACUUUGGUUUACAAAAGUUUAAUUUUAAUUUUAAUUGCUUUGUUCUGCACCUUCCCUUCCCUCCCCUCACGGUGAUAGCCCCUCACGGGUGAUAGCUAAGCUGUGGAUUGGCUAAAUGAAUUAAGCAACCUAGAAAAUGUAGAGCUAAUGAAUUAUUGAAAUGUGAUUAAUGGUUGUAAGAAAACACUCAUUUAGUGAUUGUAUUAUCAGUGUGAAAAUCAUUUAGUUGCCAAUAUACGCUGAAGAAUGUGUUCUUGAUCAGUCAGAUAAGCUGGGGUGGUUUUGUUUUUUGGGUUUUUUUUUUUUUUGUAUAUCAUUUAUCAUCUUUGCUUCCUGUGAAAUUCCCUGGUCCACGAAUUUUCCUCCCUUCCCUCUUUUUGUCUUGCAACUCUGAAAACUUUUUUUCCAGUUACUUUCUUUGGCUUUUCUCACUUCUAUCACAGUCACCUUGACCUUGGGUAAAAUUAGGAGUUUUGCCUACCGGAUACCUUCCUGCAGGUUCACCCUGUCUGCCACCUGUCUCCUCUGCCUCAUGGCUACAUCUUCUGCCACUGCCCCAACUCUACCCCAGAGGGGCAGACAGAGCCCUCAGCAGAACUGUGAACAAAAUCAGAGCUGCUGUUUGGGGGAGAGUUCAUCACACAGAAGCACAUCCUGACAGGGUUUCCCCAGAGAUCUAAAUUCCAGAAGAAGUAGGGCAUCACACCUAGGAAGAUAAAUUCAGCACCAGACGGUUGCUAGGGGAUUGUAGAUCAAGAAACUUGGAAAUAUCCAUGGGUACAACAUCUUAGAAAGUCUUUAAGUCACAUUCCAUGAAUUUUUGCUUCAUUACUAUCCACGUAUAGACCUUGGGGAAAUUCUUAUUUUUUCUUCAGCUCAUUUCUAUUUCCCUCCAUUGUGACUCACCCUAUUUCCAGCCUUCUACCCCCAGCAGUUAUCCUGGCUUAGCAAAGUUAUUUCCUUCAAAAGAGACAUCACAUCUAAAAAUGAUUAUUGAUGGUCCAGUGCGAGCCAAAUAGAGCAUGUUCAGGAAGUGAUUGGCUUGAUGCUUGAAACCAACUGCUGACAAUGGACAAUUACACUUUAAAAUAUCCAUGAAUAUUUACUGUGGAAUUCAAUUAAAAUUUCUUUUCUCUCUAGCCUUCAGAUUGCAAAAUCUUAAACUGACACGAAUCUUUUACAUAGAACAAUGCCUCGGUGAAGGGAGAGAUCAUUGUCUUUUACUUAACCCUGAAAGAAUCAGUCUUUUAUUUUAUUUUUUGAUGGUAAAUUACUUUACUUGUAUUUUAUUUUAUUUUUAUUUUAUUUUUAUCAUGGCAACAUUGGUAAACGAAAUCCAGUAAGUUUUAGGUGUGCAAUUAAGAAUCAGUCUUUUAGCAGGCCAGGGAAAUGGUACUUUCCAAGGAAUGAUGACUGAUCCAGACACGUUAUAGAACUUCCGAGUCAUCUCCACCUUUCCUGUAUUGCCUGUGGCUUGUUGUUUAAGAGUAAGAAUCAGGGAGAUUAAGAAAUACUACUUCAAGAUUUGCUCUGCUCACCUGUGUGUAUGUAAUCAGUCACCUUCAUUCAUUUCAUCUCCCCCUUAGCAAAUGGAAGUGAUAAACCUCUGAGAAAACCGGGACACAUUUAACCACUUUUUGUCUUUUUCACGUAUUUGAUGAUUUUUUGCCAAAAUGUGGAGGAAUUUCUUCUCCUCCUUCUCCUCCUUAUUGCUUAACUUUAAAAUUCAGUUCACAUGCAAAUAUCUAAUUAUAUGCAUCCUGUGAAUAAUCCUUAUCUUAGUCAAUGCCAUAUUUCCAACUGUCUUCUCAUGGGUGAAUAAUAUGUUUUUACGAAAGAAAAAAUAAAUGUUACCCACAUGCCCAAGUUAAGAAAGAAAAAUUGUCCUUAGCAGUUACGGUUGCCCUUUGGGGUUAAAUAUGGCCUUGUGGUGGCAAAAGUAGACAUCCCCUGUGAGAGUUCAACAUCUCAAUGCAACCACAGGAAAACAAACCCAAUCAGCUGGAUUAGGCCUAAUGUUAAAGUUAACUGGCAUAUAAUUUUCAAUGUCUUUACUCCUAGCAUCCCAAAUUAAAGAAUGGUUUUCUAUUAUGUUUAGUCAAUUGCAAAUUAUUAGAUUUUUCUUUUGAACAAUUUGUUUUACAGAAAGCUGUUUUUCACUUUUCCUUUCCUUCUUUCCUUCUCUUUGUCCCAAGAAAUCACUUAGAAUCUGUGUGCCUCUUCUACAGAAUCUUAUUCUGCAUUGCUAUGUCACCAACUAGGCUGGCUUCUUUGGACUCCCUAUGUGAUAUGAUAAUGUGAAAAUCUAAAAGAUUUGCAGCGUAGUAGUAUUACUUCCUUGGUAUUCUCAUCAGCAUAAUGUUAUCUUUGAAGAGGAAUGAUAAUCUGUUACAUAGGUUCCCCUCUUGUCCAUUGUGAUUUAUAAGACUAGAUUAACUAACAAAAACUGCUUUUUGACAUUAUAAAGACAUUAGUAAUUGUACGUAAGUAAGUAAAAGUUGAAUUACUUGAUCAGUCAGUAAGAUUCAAUUUAAUAAGGAUGAUAUAGAGAAAGUACAUUAUUUAGCAUUAUCUCUUCAACUGUGUGAUGGAUUGCUAUAGAAAUCAAUAAGCAGAUCUCACUAAUGUGUAUUGAUUGCUCUUUUAAGCUACUGUGAACAGAUUUCUAAGGCCAUCUCUUCAUCUCAAAGGGGAGAAAAUAGUCUGUAGAUAAAUACCGUGACUUAUUUAGAGUUGCAUGUUAGUCUUUGUAAUUAUUUACUCUUUAACAUUCUACAGAACUCAGACAUGACUUCCACACGGUGUUAGGUUUGUGCAUUUUCUUGUACUGACCAUCUCGUUUCAGCCAAUGUAUGGUUAUCCACAUUGUGUGCCAAAACCAGUAAUGCCUUUCACAGCCCUGUAGUCCAGAGAAGUUCUGCACUGAUUUUAGUCUCUUGCUGUCCUGAUCCUACAAGUAUACCAAUCACGACAGAAUAAAGUGUGAGUUGUACUGUGA